AUGUGUUGGGGUCAGUGUGAAGCUUCGUUUGGUCGAACUGCACGGAGACGGCAGUACACGACGGAGGAGAAGGCGGGGUUGAACGACGCGGAAGCAGAGAUCGAGAUCUGGCUGUCUCGAGCCAAUGGGUUUGUGGAGCCUAGCUACGAGUUUUCAUCUAAUUUUGACCGAGUCCAUGCGUCGCACGAUGCUGAUGAUGGAAUGAGCGACAAAACCAUGCCAGUAGAGGAAGCAGAAGCGAUGGAUUCGUCCGCCGCAGUUGCGGACAUAGAUGCAGAAGCAGCAGUGAAGAUUGUUGACGGGAUAUGGUCCUUUGGCGUAAUUGAAUUUUCUUCCCUGACAGCCAAGGACGUGCUGACGACAGAGUUCACAAGCCUACAGGCAGCCUAUGACUACUACAACGAAUUCGGUCACAUGAAGGGAUUCUCGGUCAGGAGGUCCAAAGUGGGUCGCAGAACAAAGCAGGGGGUGGAGGGCAAAAUAAUUUGGCAGGUAUUCGUGUGCUCCAGGGAAGGAGAGCACGACGGGAAACACAUGCAUCGGGAAGACAGGAAAAAGGAUCCUCGACCGAUCACGCGGUGCGGGUGUGAAGCCCGGAUUAAGGUCCACGCUGAUGAUGCCAGCGGGUGA